CCAGACCGCUAGUUGGCAGUAACGCGACUUUCCCGUUGGAUUCCGGUCACACAUAUUUUCUUCCAGACAAAGAAUGUAAUAAUUAAACACGCUGUAAAUCUUAUGUGAUACUCAUUAUAAUUAAUCGACCACUAUGUGCUGCGUAACAUAAUUGUUAGUCGUCUCGCCGACGCGUGUGGAAUAAGCAAAGACGUGGUUAUGAGUCCGGGAAUGUUUUAAUUAGUAGUAUUUAAAAAGAAAGGUAAAUAUAAGACAUGGUAAGUAAAUGUCGCUUUGUUCUUGUGCUGAUUACUUGUGGUGUUUGCUCGCGGGAAGACGUGAUGACUGAUGACCAACAACAUGUCCGCUUGUCCCCGAUGUUGGUUUCAUUGGAGUUGAAGCGAAAUGUAAAAGUUGCCCGUCGGAGUCACUUCUCCAGCGGUGUGUUGUUGUUCCGUGAGGCGAUAGAGAGGUGGGCUCUCUCUCUCUCUUUUUAAUUCUUUGGCACCAUUUUAAACAUCGCUUAUGUGUUAUAAAGUUUCUAUUAUUAUUAUUUAUUGCUAAGGUUUAUGCCAAGCAUUUGUUGGUUCCAGUCUCCCAAAUAUAAUAAUGUGAGGCUUUUUUCCCCAUCACGACAUGAUGUGUACCUCCAAUCUUUUACAUUUUAAAGACUGGACAUUAAAGAUGGUGAACUGAUCUAAAAGCGUUUCUGGUAUAAAAAGUGAUCCAGUUGAAAAUCAAAUCUUAAAUCGUUUAUUGUAUAAAUAAGAUCUCAUUAGUAUCAAAAUGGUAAACCUUGAUCCAGGGUUUUAACUUUUAUCAGCCUUAACAACAGCUACACAAUGAUCCAUCGAUGGCUGAGAGCUGCAGACACUUUCCUCUCUCUCUCCUCCAGGUUUACAACAUGUCCGACCCGGUUCAGACCACCCCUGACGGUCUCCGUAAACUGGUCCGCUGGGCUCACAGCCACGGAACCAUCUGCAGCCUCAUCCCCAGCCUGCAGCAGCUCACCUGUGGUUCCCAUGGUAAUGUGCUGAUGCCUGAACUGGGUCUCCACGGUAGCAGUGUCCCUGUUGCAAGGUGGGGUUGUGCCGCUGGACACUCCUACCGCUGGCCCCUCAGUGACCACGGCAACGGCUGUAGAGGCUCAGCAAAUACCAGCCAGGGCCCGGAAAGGCUAGAUGGAGGGCGCCGGUCCAACAAGGUGACAGCGAGGGCGUCAUGUGACCUCUGCUAUAACGAAGCAGCAUCCGAGGGGGAGGAGUUCAGCAGCUGGCUGUUUGACAACGAUGGGUUUGAUUCGUCAGCCACGGACGAAGACGGUGACUACGAGCCCCGGUCAUCCAGGAAAAGAGGCGGGACUCCAGGGCGAGCAGUAAACAGGAAGAAGGUCAAGCAAGAAGUGACCUCGCCGGAGGAUCACGACGCUGUCGCCACCGCGGCAGGCACGGGGCCAGCAGUGACGGACGCUGGCAAUGUGUCGCAGGCUUGUCGGGCCCCGAACACACACACUCAAAUCCCGCACACACUGCCCAAAAAGGCCCCCCCGCGGGGCCCUCAAACACUGCAUGGACAGCAUCUGAGUUGGGAGAGAUUAGAGGACCCAGAGAUGGAGCUGCUGGGAGGAGGCAGCGACACGACGGAGACCACAGGGAAGUCUGCAGGGGAGCAGAAUGAGCUGGAGAACCUGCACGCGUUACUUCGUGCCGAGCGCAGCCGCAACCAGCAGAUGACGGAGAUCAUCUCCGGUCUGAAGCAGGACAAAGAGAUGCUGCAGAAGGAACUCGGGAAGAAAGCAGAUGUCAUCUGUGACUUCCUGCAAGACAAAAUGCGGCCAGAGAAGAGGUGGCCUUAUUGCUCUAAUCCGAUGGAGCCGGGGAGUUCACACAUGUCCUGUUCUGACGAUGUGGUCGGGGACGAUUCCCCGAUCAUCUUUGACUCAUGUGAGGAAAUGGAGCUCCACCCUCUGGACCACCGGACCCACAAGAACAAAUGGAGCCGGGACGGAGAAACCACCCGCGUUCGGAUGAAAAACGUGGCGGGCGUAAUAGCGCGCUACAUGGCGGCCCUGGAGGAGUUCCGCAGCAGUGUCUCCAUGAAGGUGGCCUUUGACCGGGUCGGCGUGGACCGCAACACAAUUUCCCGCACGGCGUCCAUAGCUGAGCUCAGUCUGGCCGCUCCCGAGGUGUUUCACGCCAUGGCGCCGUGGGACGAGAAAGGGGAAACGCUGGCGCAUUACGCCCACCGCUGCCGACAGGCCAUGGAUGACAACACGAAGGCCAAGAUCAAAAUCAUGAAGGGGCACGGCGAUCUUCUGCCCAUCGUGUCAAACCGCACGGACUGAAUCAGAGGCCACGGCGCAUUCUUGUUGUACACCUACGUAUAACAAGAAAGCGCACCAUUUGGAAGCUUUAAUUUCUCUGUUAGUUACGACACUGCCUGAGUCUGUGGUCCUCAACUUAUUCCAGGGAUUUUAUCACACGGUUGUUUUUAAUCUUCCUUUUCACAAUCCUGUGUCCGUCUAAUCAUUGUGUGGCUGCAUUACAUAACAUUACCUUCUGGCUACAUGUCUGCCUCUGUGGGCGCCUGCUGGCCAAUGGAUUGGCCUCACCUUCUGAGGUGGAAAGAAAUGGAACCAGACACAUAAAGUUUGUGUGUGUGUGUGAUUUUUACCAGCCGCCACAGCGAAGCUGGAAUCGUUUUCACCUUGUGAGUCUGUGUCGUCGUGGCAAAGUAGGGUCUUGGAAAUACCGACAGGAGUGGUCUUGUGUUCAGUCUGUCUGUAGUCGAGUCGUUUCAUUAAGUGUUUGAGUGACCACCACAGAAUAAACCAGUUUCUCAUAUCACUUUAUGAAAUGGCUGGACUUUUGAUGUUCCAGUAAAUAGUCUGAUGAAUAAAUCGAUUUUUAAGUAUUCUGAGGGUCAGUGACUCGAUGUGGUUUUUUUAAACAUGUUGCAUUGGUUUUGUGGUCUGCCAAACCGUUUUACAAUAAAUCCACCAACAACAGUGAA